AUGCAAUUCUACUCAAUCACGAACAACACCUGGACCACGAGAGCGAGCAUGCCACGAGGCCUCAACCACGCCAAUGCAGCCGUUGUGGACGGGAAGAUAUACGUCUUAGGUGGCCUGGCAGAGACGGACAACGAGACAACAAGGGUAUGGGGCGCAGUACCAGACUCAUGGAUGUACGACCCUCUUACAGACGCAUGGGAAACUAUUCCAGGAAUACCUACCGGCGAAGAAAGAGGAAGUGCCGCCGUCGGUACCUACCAGUCCAAGAUCUAUCUCGCUGCCGGUAUGUCGGAGCUUGAACUUGUGGAACAUGGCCGCCAGAACAGUGUCUCCGUUGUGUCCGUCUUCGAUACCAAGACCAGAACAUGGCUCGCCGUUCCAGAGGCUGCGAAGUAUAUCCCAGAAGCCCGAGAUCACGCUGGUGCUGCAGUUGUGGGCUCAAAGAUGUACGUCCUCGGUGGACGGGACAGCGGACAAGAAAAUCUUCGCGACACGGUCUUCAUCCUCGAUCUUUGUGAUCUGGAAGCCGGUUGGAAGACUAGCUCGACGCGCAUGCCUACGGCUAGGGGUGGUGUCGCGGCUGGUGUUAUCGGGAAGCACAUCUACGUCUUCGGCGGUGAGGGCAAUACGCUAUCGGAGACCGGAGUCUUUAAUCAGGUCGAGGUCUAUGAUACCGUGCGGGAUCGAUGGUCGAAGGCUGGAAAGAUGAAGCUUCCUAGGCAUGGCACGUAUGCUGUCGGCGUGGAAGGGAAGGUGUACAUACCUGGAGGCGGUGUAAGUCAAAGCGGCGCGCCAGUGUCUGCCUUCGACGUCUUCAUUCCUUAG